AUGUCUGCUCCUGUUGCCUUGUCCGUUGAGGAUCUUGUUGACGAAAACGAAGGAGAUGAAAAUGUGGACGAAGAGGUGGUCGACGAGGUCGUAGACGAGGAUACCAAUACUUUGCAGAUCACCGCAAUUGAGAGGAGUGGUGAGAUUUCUGAAGAUGACAAAAUUGAUUCAGAGAUUCUUGCCACACUCUUUGGUGAUGAGGAGGAGGGGGAACAGGUUGAAUUGAUAGGUGACAAUGAGGACCACAGUGAUCGGGAAGAGUCUAUGGUGGAGGAGGUUGCGAUACAUCCUCUACUCCCUGUCGAGUUCCAUGAUAUGGUGAUGGAUCAUCCGAGUGGGAUACAUAGCAAGCAGGACAAGGAUGGCUUUCAGCGUAUAUGCGCCGGUGUAUUAUGGGCGAAUAAGUCAGAAUGGGCAAAGUUGUUUGAGGAUCCCGCUUGGUGCACUGGUAUGGAUGCGGUUGAGCACACUCGAGAUUCGGUUGAUGUUGCAGCAACUAGAGAAGUCAUUGACCGGCUGACGUUACGCUCUGCGCUCAUUCACCGAUGGCGAACCAUCACAUCUGCCCAGACUUUUGUUGAACGGUUUCUUAGCCGUAUUGACAUUAUUCUGUGGUCCGUAGACUAUGCCAAGGUUGACCGGUUCAGCCGUGGACAAUUAUUUCGCAAGAUGUUCAAAUAUCAGUAUCCUCAAUAUUUCUCAGGGGUUUCAGAGAAAACAGCUUGGGAAGCGGUGGCUCCACAGUAUCGACAAUGGAGCAAGUCACUGCACAACGAGAUUACUGGCUAUAAUCAAAUGUAUGAAAUGUUUAUCAUGAUGCAUUACAUCAGUAUCUGUAUUGCAACCUUUAUCUGA